AUGACUACCGCGACUGCAUCACAAACUUGUAUACCCGGACCGGGGGCCUCUGCUGGUACCGUUGCUGGAGCCGCCGUGGGCUGCCUCGUUGGUGGUCUUAUUUUGGGCGCCCUGGCUGCCUUUUUCAUUCUUCGCUAUCGCGGCAAAAGAAACAAACACUAUCACCAACAGGGUCAGAUAGUCUCCAAGGAAUUGGAACACUCCCCUCCUGAUCCUGAUCCGCCGAGCAACGACGCCAAGCUAAACCACUUUCUCCUUGAUACAAUACCCAACAAGGAGCUCAUGUCAGAGUUGCGGGCGCUGGGCGACCUCAUUAACAUGCACGUCGAGAAUAACUAUCAGUUUCAACCAGUGAGUAUCAAUUCAUCAGCCAUGACACAAAGCAUCUUGAACCUCGGUUUUCCGCCACCGUCUGGGGAUGUAGCCGCUGCUCUGUGUCUCAACCCGCGAUCCCGCGUAGUUGGGCUGCGGCACGUUAUCUCACACAUCGCCUUUGCGAGCAUCGACUUCAACGCCCCGAGUUCCCUUUCGAUGCUUCCAGUGCCCAUGGCCGCCUUCCUCCAGUCCAUACCUUCUGUACACCCUCAAUCCAUCAAUUCACCAGAAACUUGUCUCGCCCUGUCCAAAUGGCGGGUUCUCUCUGCGUUCCUCCUCCAUCCUACACGCAGUGAGAGAACCCCCUUGUCCCCUUACGAGGAGACAGCCGUUCCCCAGGCCCAAAGACUGGCAUCAGCCCUCAAUACGGUCCUCUGUCACUUCGUAUCAUCUGAGCCGGGGAAGCGCCAGGCCCAGACCGAGCACCUAGAGAGCGUGAUGAUGGAAUUUGCCAAGUUCGGGCACAUACUUCUCUCGCAACCCAGUGAUUGGCGGCUCAUAUACGAGGCCAGCACGGCGGGUGUGGGUCAGCGGGCAGUGACUGUGUGUGCUGGGCUUGAGAAGUUGAGCCAUCGAGAUGGAAGGCCGUAUAGCUCUCCACAACUCGUUGAGGCGCCUCGUGUAAUUCAGGUCGCAUGA